AUGGCUUCAAGGUUACUUCGCGGAGCUGGAUCGCUGGCCGCUCAGGCCCUGAGGGCCCGCGGUCCCAAUGGGGUCGCCGCCCUGCGCUCGAUGACGUCUGGAGGUGGUGUACCUACUGACGAGGAACAGGCCACAGGGCUGGAGAGGGAGAUCAUGAUGGCUGCACGGAAAGGACAGGAUCCAUACAAUAUACUUGCUCCAAAGGCAGCUGCAGGCACCAAGGAAGACCCUAAUUUAGUCCCCUCCAUCACCAACAAGCGGAUAGUGGGCUGCAUCUGCGAAGAAGACAACAGUGCUGUCAUCUGGUUUUGGCUGCACAAAGGUGAAGCCCAGCGAUGCCCUAGCUGUGGAACCCAUUACAAGCUGGUGCCCCACCAAUUAGCUCACUGA